AUGUGCGAGGUUCGCCUGGCCGUCCUCCGCGCGGAGCGGCCUCGCCACGCGAACGCCCUCGCGGAUGCCUUUUUGAUGGACGUCAUCGACCCCGCCCACUGGUGUGAGGCGCGGCGGACCUACACCCAGGAGCUCGCGGAGUGGAGCGCGGUGGAGUACCUCUUUGAUAUCCCCCGGCGGGAGUGCGGGAGGUUUUUCGUCGACCCCGUCAGCGGGCACGUCGCGACGCACGGGUUGGGGCGAUUCGCGAUGCAGCAACCCCCCGCCACCGUCGAGGCUCGCGGGGAAAAGCGGCCGGGCGACCCCACGCUGCGGUUUUUGUGCGGCAAUCCCUAUCCAACAACGGAUCCGACGCUUUUUCGCCUCACGACGAGCCUCGUGCGGCCGUUUCAGCUGGGGAGUCCGUUUAAUGCCUUCCAGGCGGCCCUCGCGCAGUGCCUCGCGGCGCUGUUCGUCUUUUCGCGGGAUCUCACCGGGAUCUCCGCGUUUGGGCUCGACAGCCUCACCGCCUUUUGCUCCUGUGGCUGGUCCGAGAAGACGACGGAGCGGGAGGAGAAGAGAUCGCGGCGGGAGGACGCCCUCCCCGUCGUGGAUCCCCCGCCCACCGCCGAGGCUUCUCUUCGGGAGGAGGAAGGGGAGCUGCUGCGUUGCUUUCAUAGCGAAUCCCUACGCGCGAAGCUCGCCUCCCGGGAGGUGCGGUUUGUGAGCGAACCCGCCGCCGAGAUCGACGCGCGGCGCGAUUUGCUGCGCGAGCUGCGCCGCCAACGCCGCCUCGAUGAGGCGAACGAGCGUCGAUUAAUCGAACUCCUGCAGUAUCCAACCCCCUCCCCUUCCGCCUCGCCCGGCGACGACGCCCUUUCGUUUUCCAGCGAGGAGAACGGGAAGACUCUCGCGGACGACCAAACGAGCUACGAGAACGACGCCAUGAGCUUCGCGAAGGCGUUGAUCGAAACUGCCAUGAAUGAGGAAAAUCUGCUGGGAACGGUGCACGCCCCGCAUCGAUGGGCUUGUUGGGCACCACACUGGUGA